AAUACAACUAUACAAGCUCUUUGAUAUUCAUCUCUCACUCUUGUAAACCAAAUCCAAACAAUGACUCCGGCGGAAAUCACCGGGUAUUAUCAAUAUCUAUCGCCGGAAAAAUUAUCAAUAAUCCCGGCGGAAUUCAACAUGCUAAACAUGCCCACAUCUCCAAUAUCUUCCUCUUCAUUAAACUACCUAAACGAUCUCAUCAUCAACAACAACUAUUCCUUAUCAUCCAACGGUCAAGAUCUCAUGAUGAGCAACAACUCCACUUCUGACGAAGAUUAUCAUCAACAUCAUCAGAGCAUCACCGCACUCGACGAGAGGAAACAAAGGAGAAUGCUUUCAAACAGAGAAUCCGCGAGGAGAUCUAGGAUGAGGAAACAGAGACAUCUUGACGAACUCUGGUCUCAGGUGAUAAGUCUUCGCAACGAGAACAACUGUCUUAUCGAUAAGCUGAUCCGCGUAUCAGAUACUCAAGAUAACGUAUUGAAAGAGAACUCUAAACUCAAAGAAGAAGUUUCUGAUCUUCGACAGCUUGUAUCUGAACUAAAACCCAAUAAGAACAACAGUUUUCUAAGAGAGUUCGAAGAAGUUUAGUAUUUCUUCAAAAUAAAUCGGCGGGGCAGAGCUAUGGGGGUUUGUGUUAACAUAUUGGGUUCUGGUUGGUUCUCGAAUGUAAGGUUGGUAAGGAUCAUAUAUCACAACUUGUCGCCACGUAACAAAGUUAGAAUCUAUGUUUAUCUUACGUAUUAAGACUUUUUAUAUUCAGCAGUAUCCCCAUAAAAUAACGUUUGAAGUAUAUUUCUGAAUUCAAUACUCUGAACACGGAAGAGACUUCUGAAAAUUAAAUGA